AUGACCUGCUCGGAGCUGCGGGAAGACGGAACAGCCACGUGCUUCUGGACUCCAACUGUGGAACAGAUCGGGUUGCACACGGUGUGUGGCCUCUGCUACGAUGUUUUCAAGCGGCCGAGUAAUCGAAACUGCGUCAAGAUCGAAGUCAUUCACAAAGAGCCUCCGAUUGAGGAUCCCUGCAAUACAACGACCAUCGAAGGAAUGAAACGAAAUAUAAAAAUCCUUGAGAAGAUAAUCCAAGCAAGCGAGCUGGAAUCAGAUUUCGUGAUCUUCGAGUCAAGCAACACGAACGGCGCUCAUCACGAUUUCAAGAUAAAAGUUUUCGGGGAUCGCGAUGUUUCCGAUUUGCCGGAGCUUUUCGACAAUAACCCCCACACGUUUUUCCAGUUUGACCAAGCCUGUGGAAUCACCGAGUCUCCGCAGAAGAUAGAAAUUCAUUCAACGAAAUUCAACAACGCGAACAAACUGCGAAAAAUUCUCUUCGAAUCUCUUGAAUUGACAGUUCACAGUGAUACACUAAGUCUUCCACGAGUCAACAUUUCUGAUGCAAAAUGGAACGUGAUUCCAGAGCAAACCCCCGUCUUCCAAUAUGAUCAAAUGUAUCUACUAAUCGGCGACGAGAAAAUCCAAGCUUUCCAGAAUCCCGAUUCUCCAGGAAGCUUCAUUUUCAAAUCGACCUCUGGGCCGAUUGUGACUUCGAAGCUGACUCUAGAAUUCCACUCGAAACAUCUCAAACUGUCGAAGCUCUCAUUCAGUUGGUUCGAGUGCGAAACAACCGGGAAGCUUAACCCCUCGAUAACAAGCGGGACAUUCGUGGACCCAGAAAGCACGGCCCACCCAGUUUGCUACCGAUACACCGGUCAGAACGCCUUUGACGAGACAGUUUACACAGGCGAAUACUGGAACGAAGCGAUCUUGCCGGCAUUUUUCAAUCCAGCGACGAAUGACCAUCCUGACAGACAUUACAACUUUGUUGUUGUCAAAAAGACCAGCGGAGAUUUCAACGAUUUUGACGAGGUGAAAAACGCGUGUUCUGAAUUUGGCAUGAGCCUUGUCUACCCCUACAAUGCCAAUGCAAACGAUUUCUGGCUAGAGAGGCUAAAUGAACAGCAAGCUUCAACCCCCGGAUUGCGACUCAUGAUCGGCCUGAUCUACACGCUUUUCUCAAAGACUUCAGGGGCGCUCGUUCCUUCUGAAACCGCUCUACCGAUCGUCGACGACACUGGUGAUACAAACGGCUACAUCAACUUCGACGGCCUGACAUAUCAACAGGCGUUUAAUAAAAUGAAAGACAACGGUAACCAGUUCAUCAUGGACGCAACCACAGGGCAGUGGAGCGCUAUCGGCUCUGUUCCGGCUGGAAUGGACGCUACUUUUUGCUUCAAAACAGAAGAAAUAACGACAAUUUGCUCGAAUUCAUUCUGCAACAACACUGAAACGGCUCAGUACGAAUGUACCUGUCCCGACGACGGAAGCACUCUAAUCAAUGAAUUCGGCAUCGACAAAUGUGUCAACGCAACUCUUCCUUGCGAUGUCGAGGAUCCAUGUGUUUUCCCAGCUGUUUGUAAGAAUCUCUUCGAUACCGCAGUUUGCGAAUGCCCCGACGAAGGUUCCACCCAAUUUCUUUCCGCUGAUGGAGUUUCUUGUGAAAUCAUCGAUCCCUGCUCGACUGGUCUUCAUAACUGCGAUCACCCGAGUUUGGAAUGCGUUUCAGCUGCCGACGGAGAUUACACUUGCGAGAAUAGCUUCGAAUGUCCAUGCGACAUGGACUGCUUGAACCCUCCCUGCAUCGAUCUGACUGAUUGUUUCGGACUCGGUUCCGUCACCUCGUGUCCCGACAUCGACUGCACGGACGUUGGACCAAUCAAGGGGCAAUACCGUUGUCCUGUCGGAAAAGAAGGCAACUGUGUCCGACCAAGCGAUUGUGAAUUUGACUGUCAAAGACUUGGCCCUGGCUGGGACUGCCUCAAGGAAAAAUGUCAGGCUGCUUUGGCAAUAAACUUAUUGCUUGAUGAGAUCGAUGGCAAAAGAAGUCUUCAACAUUGCUACAAGAAGAACGAAAGCAUAACGACGAUUUCGGAAGACACAUGA